AGAAGUUUUCAAGAUGGCGGCUAGAGGGGGUUUGCGUCUCGGUCAAGCUCUUCUUCGCCGUGCGGCAUUUAGACCACAGACUUUGAUUGGCAUAAGAAAAGCCAGUGAUGAUCACAUAAAGUAUCCUAUUCCAACUCCGGAGGAUGAUUGGAAGAAUUUCAAUCGUCCAUGGCCAGAUGAUGGUUAUGCCCUGGGGGACUAUCCCAACCUUCCAGAGAUUUGCAAUCAGAGAAGACAACAUUUAGGAUGGUGGGAUGUUCAAGAACGUAGAAACUACAAUGAGCCUAUACAUUUGGACGAAGAUGCACUUAACGUUUGGGUGUGGAGUGAGGUGACAUGUAAUGACAGAUACACACCGGGUGAAAUACUGAUGCAACUGGGUAUUGCCACUGCCACUCUUUGCUUUGUUGGAUACCUCUCUUACCUUUAUGAUCAAACAGACAGAAACCCUGCGGUUCCAAAGGAAUACCCUUUUAACAAUCUGUACCUUGAGCGAGGAGGGGACCCCAAUAAAGACCCAAGUGAGGAAGUCUUCCAUCCAGACCAGAGAGUCAUCCCACGUAAUCUGUAUGGAUCCUGAUGCAUUUUUCAUGGGUCACCAAACAGUUCUGAUUGCAAAUCCAUCAAAAUAGAAUUCAUGUUAAGCUCUGAGAUUUUUUUCCUAACUGUAUUUUGUGUACAAGUGUGUGAAGAAUGUAUCUUUAGUGCAGAUGUAUAUAACAUUAAAUUUUAAUACGGUGUAUAAA